GGAAAAGGUAGAAGCAGAAGAAGGAAGCCCAAACCCACCUGCGUCGUCUCCUCUCUACAUCGUGGAAGAAGCCUGUCACUCUCGCCGUCGAGCAAGAAAGAAUAAGAAGGACAGCAGUACAGGAGCUCGGUCAGGGGGCAGAAACCAGGAGCAAUAUGCAGAACGAUAAGGACGGCAGGAUGAUGACAAAACGCAAAACCAGAAGUUCUUCCAAAUUAAUGGAUGAAUCUCGAGGAAAGAAAGGUAGAACUGAAGAUGGUGUGAUCCAGAUUGAUGGUGAUUUGCAGGCAGAUUGGAAUGACUUAGUUAGGAAAGGCCGUACCAGAUUUUCUUACUUGCAAUUCGCCAAGAAGGGUGAAACAAAGUUUACACUUCCAACAGUUCUCAAGUACACUAGAGAGGAAGUGAACCUUGUCCACUACAUAUUUGCUAAGGAUCUUCCAGAAAAGGAAGUCCUGGUCGAAACCAUGAUGCAAUCCUAUACACGACAGGUGUUGUGGUCCCUCUGCCCUAAGUCUAAUGUCGCUGAUGAUUUGAGCCUGGCGGAAGUUUGGAGGGAUGUUGGAGAUGGAAGAGUAGUCUGUUAUCUACCUGCUGAACUACAAGAAAUGGUGAUUAACUAUGGCAUGACAUCAAAAAAAGCUCUAGAGUGUUAUGGUCCAAAGUUCUUGGCAAGAGCUCACACGUGCAGAAAGGUGUGUCUGCCCAUGAAAGAUGCAAUGGACGGUGAUGCAGUUCACUGGUAUUUAGCUGUCAUUAUGCUGGAUGACAAACAAGUCCAUAUUUUGGAUUCGUAUCCUUCUAAAAAG